AUCAACACUAUUUGUUAUAUGCAGCCCACAACACAUCUCAACAACUCAUAUACUGGAGCAGAAUGAAAUUUCAAAGAGCUUUGCCGAUGAUGGUCGGUUUUGUUGAGUUAAUCCAUGGCUGUAUUCAGUUUGACCUCUCACGUGAGGUGUCUUUCUUUGCCACUGCUCAAGUGAUUGGAACAUACCUAGGAACCUCUAGAGAAGAAUUAUUUGGCGUGUGUGCUUCAAGAUGUACCAAAGACAUACGAUGUAACGCUAUUGACAUCUGUUCUGAAAAUUUGAAGUGUAGAUUAAUCAGAGACUGGACACCCCUAACGCCAGGAAACGUAUCUGAAGGAGUGUGUCAACGAUUCCAAAUGGUGUGCCAAGAUGGAUAUUUUUAUGACAGACAAAACGAAUCUUGUCUUCAGCACUAUUAUUGCGACUUUGAGAGUAAUCCAGAAUCGGCUUGUUUUCUCUCCGAGAGUCCAUCGGACGAAUUUGAUUGGACCAUUCUUUCGGGUUCAACAGGAUCCGUAGGCACGGGUCCUACCUCAGCGUAUCAUGGAUUGCAUUACAAAUACAUUGAAACAUCCACAAUUGCGUCCGGACAAAGAGCAAUACUGGAGAGCUCAAAGACAUUUCAAGCUAAAACCUACUGCCUUACGAUGUACUACCACAUGUAUGGGGCCACCAUAAACACUCUCACCAUCAGAACUCAGAAAGGAAACAACGCCGCCAUAGACCGCUGGAAAUUGUCUGGUAACCAAGGCAACGUCUGGCACCAUCUGUCUGGGGUCAACCUUCAAUUGGACUCCCAAACAAAAAUUAUCAUCGAGGCCACUAAAGGAUCCGAUUUCACUGGCGAUACUGCGAUCGAUUACGUUGAACUUUGGCCAUUUGCAUGCCCGUAGAAAAUGACUUCAUGAACGUCUAGUGCACUGUCAAUCAAAGUUAACAACUUGAUGAUAGUUCACCAACCGCAGAAGACGUAACCAAGACACGUUUUUAUAUUGUUUAGAAGGAGUUUGACGCCAAAGAGGGAAACAUCCUGGAAAAUGUUGUACUAUCAAAAAAAGCUUGAUAGUACUUUAUGGCUAUUUUAUAUUUCGAUAUAUAUAAUUUAGUGGUUAUUUCUUUUUUUCAUGUUGCUCUCUAAAUAUUUUUUAUCAUCAAAAUGGUACAUCGGGCUCAUUUCAAUGUUUAUUACUUGUUAAUUCAUCUCCGCUAACGUUCAAAUAAAAACAUGGAUUGCGGUUCCUAGCCUUCAUACCUAUUCACGACAAAAAAAACCACUUAAAAUGUAAAGUUCUUUUAAAAUAAUUUAAAAAAAAUAAAACUUCAAAUGUACCAUUUAAAAGAUAAAAACAACAAACAAAACUGACAAACGGAAAUUUUAAAGUGCGAUAAAUGUUACUUUGAUGACAUUAAUAAUUUAAAUUCCUGAUACAGAAGCUCAAAAUUCAAACUUGCACAUAAAAUAUAAUUAUAAACUUUCAUGGCUAGAUAUUUGAACCAAACAGAAAUUCUUGUUUUUUAAAUUGAAUAAAGAAUUGCUCCAAAAUAUACUAAGUCUUGCAUAUAACUGAGAGGUACAUGUACCAAUGUAAAAUAUAAAGUUUGAAGAAGCAUUAACGAAAAAAAAAUGAAAUUCAUAUUACAAUUUGUGCGUUGUAUUUAUGAUAAUCAGACAUUAUAUUGUAUUGAAUGAUGUAACAACAAAAAUAGUUAAUUUUGCCAGUACCAAUUCAUUUUAAAUGGGUAGGGACACAAUUUUGGUAAAAAUUAUUUUUUCCGAUUUUAAUGCUUACAAUGUUUCAAAAAUUCAUUUUUAAUGGUAAAUAAAAAUUGCAUUGGCAUUCGUUGAGUUAUAAGAAAAUUACAGAGCUUACAGUUCUUUGCUAUGUAAACAAAGCUUUUGUUUACAUUUUGAAUGAUAAAGUGAAAAUUUCAGUUUCAGACCUAAAUUGAAUGUGUUAACUGUUUAUUUUCAUUUAAAAUGAAUAAAAAGAUUCACAAAUCUGCUUAAACAUAUUUCUACCGGUAUAUUAAACCUAUGUAUACAAAACAGGGCAAGAGCCCUGUUAAAUGACAGAGAAAAAAAUGUGAGUCCUGUAUUUUGCUCAUAAUUCUGACUCUCUAAUUUCAUUUGAUCAUUAUAAAUGCAUUCAUAAAAGAUUGUUAAUAACCUUUUGUUUUCAAAUCAAACGUAUUAGACAUAAACAUCAAACAUUUUCUGAUAGAAGCUUCACAUUCAUACUUUUAUUUACUUUUCGUGUUUAUGCAAUAUAGUAUCAUUUACAAAUGAUUCAGACAGAUAAUUGAUUUUCGUGUAUACAAUAAAAUAAGUGCAAUUUUAUAUUCUUAUUUGUAAAAUAAGGUCAUAAUUGAUUUUCAUGUAUACAAUUAAGUAAGUGCAGUUUUAUGUUGA